UAAUAUAAUAUUAUUAUUCAACCGUUACCACCAAUUGAGGAAUCGGGAAAAGCCUGGCCGUCAAGAAGAAACCUUCUUCCCCGUUCCUCAUCGAAUCCUUUCGUCUUCGUCGACAAUCAUAUACGAUUCUCUGCCUCUCUUCCACGAUCUGCCUAAAGGAAUCUUUGGCUUCAUUGCCAAAGAUUUCUCUCUUCUUUUCUUCAGUCCCACAGAUCUGCAGUUAGGAUUAAGGUUUCGGUGUGGGGAUUCUUCUAAAAAGAAAACGAUAAAUCAUUUUCAUCGACAUGACCUUUUCCUCCAAAAUUUCUCUAAUCUUCUCCUUCAUUAUUCUUACCUUAUUGGGUUGCUGCUUGAUCGGCGUGCGAUCCGCACCUGAUCUCCCAGGAGGGAUUCUGCUUCCGAGCGAUAAAGAUGGCGAUUUCGGCGUGUGUGCAGGGGUCACCAAGCCGACUUCGUGCCCAGUCAACUGUUUCCGGACAGAGCCCGUUUGCGGGGUCGAUGGGGUGACCUACUGGUGCGGGUGCGCCGAUGCUAUGUGCGCUGGUGCUCGGGUUGCCAAGUUAGGGUUUUGCGAGGUGCGUAAUGGUGGGAGCGCUUCUGUUCCUGGGCAGGCGCUGCUCUUGAUCCACAUUGUAUGGCUCAUCUUAUUGGGGCUUUCUGUGUUGUUUGGUCUUUUCUGAUAAAUUGUAGAGAAUUCAAUUCACAUUUUUCUACUCGUGUGUGCCUAAUUCACAUUUUUCAGGCCUUUGUCCAGUUUGUACGAUAAGAGUAUUUGUGUUUUUUAUGUCUGUAAUUUGUAAAACGAUUUCUUUGAACCAAUAGAUAUAUUUCCCAUGAUUCUUUA